AUGCCUCUCAUUGGUGGCGAACGUGAUCUGGAAACAAAUCUGGCACUGAUCCAGAUUUUAUACCUGUCGAGAACAGAAACAGAGCCCACAAUCCUCGCCCCAGCAAUGGAAAACUUGCGGACGGCCCUUUCGCUUGCCUUCAUAGCCGGCAAGCACAUUGCCAUCCACACGGACGACUACGCGGCCUGCUUGGCGGCACUCAGAAAUGUCGUCUUGCUGUCUUUUUCUGCAGACGAUAUGGUGGAAAUAGACCUCCACCUGUGCCCAACGUACAACAGUCUAGUCUCGCAGAUGGUCAAAUCACGCGAGGGCGAACGGCCCCAGCUAUAUAAAGUAGUCAUCUGGAAAAACCUUGAGGCCCUCGAGGCCACGUUGCGGGUGAAGUCAGAUAUCCUCAGGGUGUUUGAUGAGAUCGAGCGCUACAACACUCUCGCCUCGCGAGAUAUAGACAAGGCCACGCCGAUCAGAUUUGGCGAGUACUUGGUGACAAUACCUGAUAUGUUUGUGAUUGUGCCGGUCAUGGCUGCCGGCGACAGGUUUCCCAGACUACACCGGCAGGUGAAGGACAGGAUCUGGUUUUGCCAGAGUUUUUGCCAUGUGCCCCGCCAGGAGACGCCUGCCUCGGAGAUUCCGCACGACAAGAUUUUGAGGGCCCGUCAACUCUUGCCGGCCGUCUUUGCCAAUGCGGAGAUCCAGGAGUACGUGUGUUCAUUGAUGGUGUUCACACGCUCCCACAGAUUGUGUUCCUUGGCUCCAUUGACCACACGGCCCAGUAUGCGGGCGGCCGAGGGCAUCUUGGUUUUGGCCAAGGCACUAGUUGCGUGGGCCAGUCUCGAUGACAGCGCGUCUGAUUUCGUGACGCCGGACUUCGUGAAAAUCGCGUAUCGCAAAAUCGGCUACUGGAUAGUCGAUUGGGAGACCAACCAGCUUUUUCAGGGCGGGGGCUCGGAGCUCCGAAAACGCACGGAGAUCUCCGUGCUCACGGGCGAUUGGUACGGCAGUGAAUGGGCUUGUGUGAAGAAAUACUUGGACAAGUUCAGGGCCCACAGCGACCCGAAUUCCACCACUGGGUAUACGAACCGGAUCGUGGAGGACGUGUUGAAAUCCGUGCUGCCGCCACUAUAA